CAUACCCACAUCAAUUAUGGCGAAAACAGCCUUAGUGCGCGAGUUCAUGAACGUAGGGAAACUGAAGGCGCAUACUAUUCUACGUAAUCGCAACAGUUGUGGAAAUAUGGCGGGCAGUGCUGGAGAGUGGUGUUUAAUGGAGAGUGAUCCUGGCGUCUUCACCGAGCUUAUCAAAGGAUUUGGUUGUCAGGGAGUUCAAGUGGAAGAAAUUUGGAGUUUGGAACAAGAACACUUUGAAGAUUUGCAACCGGUCCAAGGCUUAAUAUUCCUCUUCAAGUGGCAGCCAGGUGAAGAACCGGCAGGUUCUGUGGUUUGUGAUUCCAGACUGGAUACAAUUUUUUUUGCUAAACAGGUAAUAAAUAACGCGUGUGCCACACAAGCGAUCAUCAGUAUUCUACUGAACACCAUACAUCCUGAUGUCUGUUUAGGGGAGACACUCUCUGAAUUUAAAGAAUUCACUCAAAGCUUUGAUGCAGCCAUGAAAGGUCUAGCACUAAGCAACUCUGAAGUGAUACGACAAGUACACAACAGUUUUGCCAGGCAGCAGAUGUUUGAAUUUGAUGCAAAGUCUACAUCAAAAGAGGAUGAUGCGUUUCACUUUGUAAGUUAUGUUCCAGUCAAUGGAAGAUUGUACGAGUUGGAUGGCUUACGGGAUGGACCCAUUGAUUUAGGUGUAUGUAAUCAAGAUGAAUGGAUCAGUUCAGUGAGACCUGUUAUAGAGAAGCGAAUGCAAAAAUACUGUGAAGGUGAGAUACGGUUUAAUUUGAUGGCAAUUGUAUCUGAUCGGAGAAAGAUUUAUGAACGCAAAAUUAUGGACUUACAGAACAAGCUUGCAGAGGAAGACCCAAUGGACACAGAUCACAGCAGUGUUUUGAACUCCAUUCAAUCUGAAAUUGCAAAAUACCAGCUUUUAAUUGAAGAGGAGAAUCAGAAAAUGAAAAGAUAUAAGAUUGAAAAUAUUAGACGAAAACAUAACUACCUGCCAUUCAUAAUGGAAUUGCUAAAGACUUUAGCUGAGCACCAGCAGCUAAUCCCACUAGUAGAAAAGGCCAAGGGGAAACAGAGUACACGAAGGGCACAGGAAACAAAGUGAUGCUGCUGUUGCCAGGGUAAAAGAGAAAUAAAAACGAUAUCAAUAAAUGAACCAUAUUGGCUCACACAUUUGCAGGAUUAGAAUUCUCAGUAUUAAGAGAGUGCUACAGCCUUGAAAGUCACACAGCAAAAUACCUGUUUAGUGUGUUGGUCUUUUUUAAAUAUAUCAAAACUGCAGUUACCUAAAUAACAUAAACUGUUGACACCUAAUACUUGACAUUCUCUGUUUUUAAAUUUGGAUUUUGGUUGUCUGCUGCUUAUGCCAUUGUUCCAACUGUAUGUGGUGUAUUUAUAAUAAAGCACAUCUUCAUGUC